AUGACGGUCGGCAUUAUCGGGGUGCAGAUGUUGAUGGUCAUGUGCAUCUACGUCGGCCUCCAGUCGAAGGCGAGCGAGAUGAAGAAGUCCAAGGGCGGCGGCAGCGCCGCGGACGAGUCGUGGAACCAGGACGAGGGCGAGUGGAACCAGGACGAGGGCGAGUGGGACGAGUCGAAGCACUGA